AUGAUAACAUUAUCUACACUGCUACCGACUGCGAUCGGCAUCGGCAGUGCAUCCUGUCGUGCCGGCACGGGGCUUUCCGGCUUUGGCAGCCUAAUUAGUGACAUCGGGUAUCAAGCCGCGGCACGCCGGCAUCAACUCUCGGCCCGUAUCGGUUCCAUCGAUGACGGCGACGAGGACGACCACGACGAUGACGACGAUGACGACGACGGCGAGAGCAAAGCUCCUGAUGGCACGAGUGCUAGGCGAGAUUUUGAAUGCACGUCACACCGUGCCACACUGUUGGAGUGCAAAAUCGAUUGGUCCAGAAUCAUCAUCGAGCGAUUGAAGGAUUACAAUCAUCAUAUAGCGACACCAUUCGCAUACCGUCGCCGUACGAAGCUGGAGCGAACACAGGUGACCGUGCAUCCACCACCGGACGAUCCCGUCCUCACCGAGAAACCGCUGACCGUUGGCCCGCUCUACCCAGGCGGGGGCAGUGCAGCACCUAAAACGAGAGGGUCUCGAUGUCCCUUCGAGCUGGACCGUCUUGUGGCCGGUGGCGGUGGCGGAGGUCCCGGCGAGCUGUCCCGAGUGCGGGACUUGUCGCUGAAAUCUUCACCCUCGGUCGCCACGUCCACCUCGAGACAGUCGACGUCCUGCUCGGAUGUGGCGCUCGAGCGGGAGGUGACGAUGUACGGGUGCUUCAAAUUCAAUCCCAGUUCAAGGAACGCACGGAAGCUGUUCAUGACACACAUGCUGAUUGUGCUGCUCAUACCGAUAGCAUCGGUCGUAAUGCAAAACAUGAUACUGCUUCAGCAACACGUGAAAUCCUACAGCGAAACCGUUCUGUCCAACGAGGAAAUGGGACUAACGAUUAACAUAACGCGCCUGCUGAACGUUAUCCAGCACGAGCGCAUGAGUCUCGUGUUUUACAUGCUGACGGGCCAGAAUCGAUCGCAGGUGGACCGCUCCAUCGAAAACACCAACGAUGCCCUCGGCCAUCUUCGCGAGGAUCUUAAUUAUCUGCUGCCGGCGGGCAUCGCCAAUCAAACGCUGAUUGCGGAAAUGAGCAAAGCUAGGAAUGUUAUGCUUGGGGUCAUUGAUCCGGAGAACGAGACGUUUACCGGGCUGGACUAUUUCGAGCCGUAUAAUGCGCUCAACCAGUACGUCAUUAGUCAGAUCGUACGAAGCACCGGCACGUCCAUCAGCUCCACCGUCUGGCGUCAGUUCGUGGUGUACAAAAAUCUGAUCGAAGCCAUCGAAAGCAUCAACAUUGCGGCGAUCCUUGUGCUGCAGUUCAUGCGCAACGGAUAUCUGGGCCUGACCGAUUACGCACAAUUCAUACGGCGCGAUGCGGCCGCCCUGGACUACAUCGCCUCGGCACAGAACUUUAUGACGUCGCUCAACAUCAUUUCGGGCGCCGAGUUUCAGGUGAUGCACUAUUGGCGCAACCAGGUGCUGAUCAACAUGUCGGCCGCGUAUCGUAAGGACGCGCUGAUGGAGUACUACUGGUCGGUGACGACCAUCCUGAAGAAUCUGCAGAUGGUGCAGGAUCAGAUACAGACCGAUGUGAAGGAAACGAUACUGGAGGAAAUCGACAGCGCUAGGAGGCAUCAAUCGAUCUCAAUCGCGCUGGUUGUGGUGAUCUUUAUCAUAAGCCCUAUAUUGGUGCUGAUGAUACGCGUCGCUACCAGUACGAUACAAAACUACUCCACCAAACUGAUGGUUCGCACGAUGGAGCUGCGCAUGGAGAAGGGCAAAUCGGACCGGCUGCUCUAUCAGAUGCUACCACCGGCAGUAGUCAAGCAGCUGAAGCAACAGCGCCAAGUACCGGCGGAAACGUUCGAUGCUGUGACCAUAUUUUUCAGCGACAUCGUCGGAUUUACCGACAUUUCGGCCAGCAGCAGUGCGAUGGAGGUGGUCAUCAUGCUGAACACGCUGUAUCGUCUGUUCGAUUCGAUCAUACUGAAGUACGACGUGUACAAGGUGGAAACGAUCGGUGACGCGUACAUGGUCGUGUCUGGGUUGCCGCAGCGCAACGGAGACCGACACGCGGGAGAAAUAGCGAUGAUGUCGCUGGAUUUGGUGUGCGGCAUUUCAGGAUUUACCAUACCGCAUAUGAACAACAGGACGCUGGAGAUUCGCGUCGGCAUCAACACGGGUCCGUGUGUGGCCGGGGUCGUCGGUACCACCAUGCCGAGGUACUGUCUGUUUGGAGAUACCAUAAACACGGCUUCUCGCAUGGAAUCGACCGGGGAGCCUAUGAAAAUUCAUAUCUCGGAAAGCACCAAGGAGGUUCUGGAUAAACUGGGUGGGUUUAAAAUCAAACUGCGUGGAACGGUCGAUGUGAAGGGUAAGGGAACGAUGCAGACGUUCUGGUUGACGGGGCACGCGCUGUAUGAGCAUCUCACGCCGGAUAUGCUUAUACCGAUGUACAAGCAAAACGUAGUCACAGAACCUGAUUUCCUUCAAAUAAUCUAGAGAUUAGACGCCGAUCGAGGCACACACCAAAAAGCAAUCCUAGAAUCACACAAAAGGAGCGGUUAGUAUGAUAGUAUAAAAAAUAGUUUCAUUAGUGUAAAAUCUAGUCAAUCAACGAAUUGUAGAAUGUUGUAAGGAGUUGGAGUGUACAUCCUUUUCAGCCGUAAGCUGUUUUUUCCCAAGAAGCUUUAAGUGUAGGUGAUGAAAGAGAACAUAAACUGUAGAAAAAGUGUGAAACAACUUCAGUUUUCUGAUAUAAAGUGUUAAAUUUUAAAUAUGUUUGCUCUUACCACCGUUUUAUUCCAAUAGAAAUUGUGUAGACUGCAAUGGUAGACACAAGAAGUUGAAUGUUGAUGAACAAUACUGAUUUAUCGUGUGCAAAUAAAGUGCAAUAAUUUUGAAAUAGAAUAACUAA